AUGUUUAAAAUUGAUGCCAAGAAGUGUGGAAUUCGACGGUACUUCGAACUCUUUGAACAGAAAGCGAAGAGAUUUAGUGUGAAUUUCGAUCUUUGGUUUUCGUGUGCUUUACAGCUUAUUCCUGCUGAAAGGUAUGUUGUGCCCUUAAAAUUCAAAGGCACAAACGAUCCAAAUGUGCCUCUGAAAUCAGAGCUGCGGCAGAUCACAGCAUUGGAGAAGCAGAUGCCAAAGAAUGGUAAUGAUGACUAUCGCAACUCUAGUCGCCACAGUGGCAGGCCUCCUCCAGGUUCAACGUCUAGCUCAGAAAGGAGCUUGCACCGAAAUCUGCAAAGAAUCAGGUCUCCAGAUAGCAACCAGGAAGACAGACCGCAACAAGCAAGCAAACGAGAGGUCCGUACAGCCAAGAACCUCGCCAUCAUCGUCGUGUUCUUCAUGAUUUGUUGGAUGCCACUGUACACAGUGAACUGUGUCCAAGCGUUUUGUAGUGAGUGUACAGUCGCACUUUGGGUCGUGGACGCUUUCAUUGUUUUGUCUCACGUCAAUUCAGCCCUAAAUCCAUUUCUGUACGCGUACCAUAUGAGUGAUUUCAGGAACGCUUUAAAGAAACACUUCUUGUGCGACGGUGGUAAAGAUGGUAAGUGUCCGUUGCGCAAAAAGCCGAGGCUCGUGGAAAUGGAAGCUUUGUCUGCACCAGCUUUGUCCAAAACGGUGAAUAAACCUAGUUCAGAUGAGAAAGCAGCUUUCACUGACCUCGGGUAG